GAGAGAGAGAGAGAGAGGGAGAGAAAGGAUCAGUCACUGAACAUGGGCAGCUCACAGUUGGAGUGUUUGGCAGAUAGUCACAUUAAUGUGCGAAUUACUGACAAAAAUCCAGAGUUUUAUUACUGUGAAAACCAGCGCCUAGCCCUGGACGUGCUGCUGAAAUCUGGUGAAGUUAAUUUUCACAAGCUCCUGGAGAAAGAAGGAAUCAAAGAGUUUAUUUCCUCAAAGGAGACUGAGCACAUUCGCAGGAGCUACCACAGGUAUGAGGCUGAGGGGAAGGACAGCACCAAAGACAGGAGCGCAGUGAGUGACAGCAAGUCGACAUAUUGGCCCGAGCAAAGUGACACACCGAUACCUGACCUGGACCUGGGCUGGUCAGAACCUGUCACCUACCGAGGGGUCACCAGGGUCAAUAUCCACAUGCACCCCCCGAGAAACCAUGACCCCAACAUCAAGGAGAUUGUGCGUAAGAUGAUUCAAGAGGCCAGGAAGGUGAUUGCUGUGGCCAUGGAUGAGUUCACGGACCGGAAUAUAUUUAAGGAUCUGAUAGAAGCUUCCAGCCGCCGGCGAGUCCCUGUUUACAUCAUCCUGGAGCAGGACAAUGUGAAGUAUUUCCUGGAAAUGUGCAAGAAAAUGGAAUUGAACAACUUGAUGAUUCGUUACCUGCGGGUCCGCUCCAUUGCUGGCACAGGCCUCUAUCUGGCAUCGGGAUAUGUCCCGGGUUCCUUAAGCCAGAGGUUUAUGAUUGUGGAUGGAGACAAAGUACUCUCAGGAUCAUACAGCUUCACGUGGAGCAGUUCCCGGUUAAACCGCAGCACCGUCGCCAUCUACACCGGCCAGAUCCUGGAAAACUUUGACAUGGAAUUCCGGCAGCUCUAUGCCAACUCGGAUUUGGUGGAUCUCCACGAGUUGCUGGAUAUCAAGGCUGCUUUCACAGGUGUGACUCCCAGCCUCAGCGCCAGCCCCAUCCCCCUGCGCUCCGACGACCUCAAGAGGAAGUUCCAUAACCCCAAAUACCUCCUGGUGACGGAGGGAGUGCACCGGGUCCCCUCGGAACACCAACUGCCUCCCGCGGACGAGGUGACGGUGAGGGAGAGGAGCGUGAGAUUCCGAGAGAGGAGAGGAACCAUGAGGGACAGUAAGAAACAGGAUCACAGCAAAUCCGUCCAGGUAGUCGAGGAUUGGCUGCUGAAGAACGAUGUCCGGGGACUGGAGGAGCCAGAGCCUCUCGAAGACCUGGUGCCACCCAGCAAGAUGCCCAACGCCAGCCACCAAACCUCUACCCGCUUUAGCUUCUCAAACUGGGUCCGGAAUAGCUCCAGGAGGUUAAAGGGAGCGGAGAGUGACUCCCAACCAGUCUCCGAGUCCAGAGCCUCCAGGAGAAAUCUCAAACUGAAGUUUAAGAAAGACUCAGGCAAAAGUGGAAAAGUGCUCACGGAGACUGAAAACCCAACAGACCUGGGCGCAGGAAAGGCCAGUCCCUCGAUGUCAGAGAGAGGUCGCAACAAGGACACCCCAAAGAGCAAGGAGCAGUGUGUGCUGUCAUGAGGAGUGGGCCCGAGGGGGCUGGGA